CACUUCACCAUCUUCCACCGACCCGAAGUCACUGCAAGUGUAAGGUGUGUAUCGUGAUAAUAGUUGGUACUGGUAGGCCAAGACUUGGUGGUAAGCUGAGCUGCCUGGAUGUGCGCAGUAGUCCUUGUUGCAACAGGCAACAAUUCAGUAUUCAUCAUUCCCUGCUGAAAUACCCAGUUGGAAUCUCGUGCCGGGCUAGCCCCUAACGACUUUACGCAGCUGUUAGUUGUGACGGGGUGCUAACGCAGCCGAGUAGCCGAUUUUAGCGAAUUCAAAUAAAGAAAACAACAACUGAUCCACGAGUAACGACUAGGCCUAGGCUAGAGUAGAUCUACUAGUAGUAGUAGAUCUACUAGUAGUAGUCGAGCGUGGAGACCAGACUACAUAGCCCGCCGCGCAGGGGCUGAUAUUGGAUGGCGUUCUCGAGUGAGGAGAAAAUCUAGAUGACGCGACGUGGCGGCGGCGUUUGGCAACUGUUUUGCUGUCCACUAACUGACUACGUAGUGUGUACAGGAGAGUUUCGCACUCGUAGACCGUCGUGGAGCGAUAAUGAAGUUAGCUGAAUUGUUUCUCGCAGCGGUGCAGCGCACUGUGUGGCUGGGUGUGAUUACUUUCGCGGCCGUUUUCCUGUCAAGAAUAGCACUUGCGAGCAAUGCUGAUAGCGACUCUCCUCUCCGGCCCGCAACUAGGUCUGAAAAUGCAGAGAGAUCGCAAGAGGGCGCGAAACAAUUGGACGAGUUGGAGCAAAGAGCUGCUCAGCACUCAUGCUGGAAGCAUGCCGUUGAGAGCUUGAGAAGCAGCUGUGCCGAUCUGAAUGAUGUCCGUCAGGGCUACCUGGCUCUCUCAUUGACCAACUGUCAUCUAGAGCAGUAUGGACGCAGCACCUACCCGUGCACAUCCGAUCUGAGUCUGCAGGACUGCACGAGGGGAAUGGACGGCGAGGCGUUCAAUGCACUGUCCACGUUCACUGCCCACACCAGCAACAUCUGCUUCUUCCUGGCCGGGCAGCUGUGGCAGGAGCGCACGGAGAGAACCGUGAACGACCUCUCCGCCACUUCACAGCACGUCGUCGGGCAGCUGAACGAAUCCGCCAAGCAGAAUGAACAGCUGCUGAAGAUGCAGCAGUCGGCGCUGCAAAACCAAGACGCACUGCUUAGCAACGGAAAUCAGUUACAGAACGACUUAGAGCUUGCCCGUAAGGAGGCAGAAGGAGCUCGGAAAGAGGCCGAAGCACAGUCGGAGAUAUGGCAGCGAAACUUUGGCAACCUGUUCACCGUCCUGGCGAGAAACGAGGCCUGGUUGUCGACGAUUGGAACGGAUUGGAUGACUGCAAAGAUGUUCCUGACCUACACUGCGCUAUUCAUUGUUGCUAUCUUCAUAACCAACUCAUCCAUGACCAGUGGUGCUCGGUUGCCUCUCAUUGCCCUGUGUGUUGCGGGGUUCCUUGUGGAGAUCUUCUGCCAGAGAUUGGCGGCAUGGUGGACAGGAGACCCAAUGGUGACCGUACCCGGAAUGAACUGGUAUAUUCGACAAGGUGUGUUCCUCGCAGGUGCUAUCUUUCUGUGUUGGACUGCAGUUGUCUUCAGAGACCCCUCCAAACGACUGGAGCGCAUGGAGAAGCACAUUGAGGAGGUACAUUCUCGGCUGAUUGGAGGCAGUGCGCAGCCAGUAGGAGCAACCAAUGGGAGCCUACAUAGAACCACUACCACAGCGAGCAUGCCAAACCUGUCACCACGGCUUAGCGCGCAACAACCACCGACCCCAUACGGCCCAAUGAUUAUGUCACCAGCACCUGCACACCCGCCCACGUUCAAUCUAGCUCAGCCAUACAACACCACUGGCGGCGAGGUCCCCGCGUCGGCAAGCACGCCGUGGCAACCAAUCACGAGCAGCCACGACCGUGGCCGGGCUGGCUUGCCUAUGGGCAAUUACAUUGCAAUGGGCAAUGAUAGCACCGACGGGCCCGAACCCCCACCAACUCCGCCGCCUAUGCAGCUGCCAUCCAGCCUCGCCGAGGACAGCGGUGUGGAAUUCGAAGACGGUGAGCUACAGAGCGCGGCAGCGGGCGACACAAGCCGUACGGGAGUGGCUGGCAAUAGCGCGACCAGCAGAAGUGGUGUUGCCCCACCCUCCUCAUUGUCACACUCCGCCGCCCGCGGGACUAUGCAGAGAAGCAAGAAGACACCGCACAGAGUCAAAAGUACACCGAAGAGGAAACUGGUUCCGGCUACUCCAGCUAGUCAAACAGCGUCACGUUACAACCUCCGCAGUCGUACUUCAACGCCAUCUUAGUGAGAGAAAAAAACUAGCCAGGCAAAAUACUACCUCAACAAUGGAACAAAGAUAAUGGACUGAACAACAUUUGAAAUUGGUUCGAUAUUUCUCAAUACCCGUAAUCGUUCUCUCGUGCACACGAACACACAUACACGAACACCCGCAUGUGUGAAAAGCGCCGCCGGGAGGGAGCAGAAUGAAAUACAUGUUUUCGACUUCGACAGCAUGUUACAAGGCGAGGAGGCACAGCGCUCCUGACUACAACCAUAACCUGGUUGGCAGAGUAUACUGACGUAUUCAUAUCAGAUUCAGUGCACAUGUGUGUGUCUUUGUUAAAGUUUGUUUUGCUUUAUUUCCAAAUCUAAAAGAUAACAGACUGGUUUUGUAAAUCAAUUGCUUUAGUAUUUUAUAAAUAGUGGUAGACUCAAAACUUUACUCAAAACUUUACUCAAAACUUUACUCAAAAAUAAUCUUGUCGACUCAACUACUUGUAAUAAAAAGCUACAGCCGCUGAAUCGAAAAUUAUCACUGUUUUAAUAAUUAUUUGGUGUGGACUCGAAUAGACAGCCAAGGAUAAAUUUAUAGAAAAGAAAAAGGACCAAGGAACUACAAUGUCAGUGUCGUGCAAUUUUCUCGCAUGAGCUGAUUGUUUAGUAACUGGUGGCGUUAGUGGACAUUAUAGCGUAACUUGUAGUUCCUUGGUCCUUUCUAUAAAUAUAUUGGUAAGUUUUGAUUAUGAGUAUGGCAUCGUCUGGCUGGGUGUUUCAUUUGCAAAUUUAUAGACCACCAAAAAGUGAA